AUGGAAGGAAGAAGAAGACCCGACAUAAUUAAAGGUUUGGUUUUCUGCAACCCACCAGAUUGCCGCCAUCAAAUAGUGGAGCUCCUUCAGAAAAGAUGCAGAUCCACCAUCGAGAAUGCACCAUCGCAACAAAUGGAGAUGUCCAUGUUACUACAAACAGUCCCAAAGCAGGAGAAUUAUACCCAAAACAGAGCUGGAGAAUUAUACCCAAAACAGAGCUCUUCACAGUGUGGAAUAAUAACAGAGCUCAGUGGAAUAUUCGCACAUCUAGCUACGAUGGUCACUCAACAAGGAAAGCUAGCUAUCAGAAUCGAUGGCAAUAUGGAUGAAUCUUUAGUUGAUGUAGAGGGAGCAUGCAGCGCUCUUCUGCAGCAUCUAGCUCGAAUUACAUCAAAUAGAUGGCUCAUGAUCAAGAUCUUCGCUGUUAUCAUAUUGUUCCUCAUUGUUUUCCUCUUCUUCGUGGCUUGA